AUGUCAUCCAAUCGUUCCCCAACUUCUCCUGUGCCUCAGAGCUCCCCUUCUCCAACACCCACUCCUGAGAGUUUGAGUGAGGGAUCAACGUCUGGACGUGAAUCGCGAUCGAAAUCUGCGACGAGAACUCCUCAAAUCGAAUUGACUGAAACUCCUUCCCCUCAGUGGAUUGAAAACUCCAGCGAAGACACUGGCACUGAUACUGAUACCAAUUCCGAUACUUCUAAGAAAAUGAUCUUAAUCAAUUCCGAAAAGUUUCAAUUGGUGAAAGUAUUGGGGGAAGGAAGUUUUGGAAGAGUGUACUCAAUCGUUGGAGAGAACGGUAAACAUUUUGCGGCGAAGCUGUUUAAGAAGAAGAACGACUCAGAAGAUUGUGAUGGUGAUGAUUCGAUUCGUGCAGAAACUGAGAUCUUUCAUCGUCUUGGGUCUUCUUCUCAUAGAUCUGUACUUAGAAUGUACAAGACUGGUAUGGUUCAAGAUCCUCCGACUGGCUUCUUCCAAAAUGUUCUCCUCAUGCCGGAAGUCGGAGAUUCUAUCGGAGACGUUCUGGAGAAAGCAAAAAGACUCGAUGCAAAGUUCAGAAAUGAGAAUUGUAGCGGAAAUGAGAGAACACCAAAGGUUUCGAUGAAGAUGAAUGCCAUUCAACUCAUUGGCAAGCAAAUUUGCGAAGGCAUGGAGUUUUUAAGCCGUCACCACAUUUUCCACCGAGACCUGAAGCCUUAUAAUGUUUUCUUCACGAAGAAAAUUGGUUUCGCAAUGGAACAUAACGCCAGUCGAUUUUCGUUUGUGCUCCCAAAACAUCUGUCCGUAAAAAUCGGUGAUUAUGGAGAAGCGAAAAUCAUCACAGAUUGGGACUUUGAUCCGGAAACAGUACAAACAAAAGGAUAUCGAGCUCCUGAAAUUCUCCUUGGAAUCAGUUUCAAAUCCAAUUCUGAUGUAUGGUCAACGGUGCUCACAAUUCUUGAAUUAUACGUUGGAACGGAUAUCUUCCAGACGAGAGGUGGAUCUGUCCCAUGGGAAACCGAAAGAAUUCGAUCAAUUCAAUACGUUCUUGGGCAAAGAAUCAGCACUGGGCUGUGGAAAGAAGCGGAACAGCAAGUUGGCGGAGAAGACAUUCGCGAAAAUUUGGUUUUGUUCGACGAUGGGAAAUGUUCUUCGGAUCUGCCAACUCUAUUGGAUCAUAAACGAUCGUAUCACGCCGAUUCGCUAUUUGAGUUCGUCCAGUUCGCGUUGAUCGUCGACUAUAAUCAUCGUCCAUCAUUCCAAGAUCUCAGCUCACACAUUUUUUUCAAGACUACUAAGAACUGA